AUGAAAAUGAAGUAUGCUGGUUUAAUUUUGUUCUCGUGUACUUUGUUUAUUAAUGUGUAUUCUCUAAAGUAUUUUGUUGAACUUACAAAUGUUAUGCAAGAUAAAGUACUCAACUAUUCGGAACUAUCACAUCUAAAUGGAUUUGAAUUUUGUUAUCUGACUCUUUGGACUUUUAUUUUCCAAAUGUUUUUCAUGAUAGUAGCAAUUUUGGACGAAGCAUCAAAAUUGCUAAACUUAUCUCUGGAUAAACAAAAAAUGUUGAGUAAAACAAGGGCCGUAAUGUACAACACUAUACUUUUUCCGUCAUCUCUUAUAGUGACAACGUUGUUUUGGACUCUGUAUUACAUAGAGAGAGAUCUGAUUUUUCCACGAAUAUUAGACUCGUUUUUUCCUUGGUGGUUGAACCAUAUGCUCCACACGUUCAUAAUUUUACCAGUCGUUAUAGAGUUAAUGCUACCGAAGAAAUACAAUUUUGUUAGCUUUAGCAAAGCCGCGCCUGUAUUGGUAACGAUUCUCGUAUUUUAUACCAUAUUAUAUUUUUCCAUAUAUUUCCGCCAUGGAAUUUGGCUGUAUCCGAUAUAUAAAGUAAUGAGUUGGCCCCAAAGGGCUCUUUUCACCAUUUUCCAAAUGUGUUUAGCACUAACUUACCAGAAGAUCGGAAUAAGUCUACAAGAUGCCAAAAUGACGAUCGCCAGAAGAAAAGUGUGUUAA